CUUGUUGACCAAAUACGGCUCAAGACCAUAUGCCAUUUUCAGACUCUGACCUGUCACGGCGGUAGUAGCUGGGCUAGUAUAGUGCUUUACCGCUAAUUCUGGCUGCCACUAACAAGGUGAUGCACUAGCCUUUCGUUCAGAAUGUACUUGAACGUUACGAACCUUUACAGCAAAUCAUCUCACUUGCAGUGAACCCCGGGCCAGCAUGACCGGCGACAUCAGGACUAAUUUACCCCCAUUUCUAGAAUCCCUGGCACCAGAUUCCAGCGUUCAAUAUACAAAUGCUCUUUUUCCUGCCAGUGACAAUAUACCAUCUGCACAUGUGCACUGGUGGCCUUGCAAACGAGUAGGUGUGUCACCCUCCACAAUUUUACUUUUUAUACCAGGAAAUCCUGGAAUCAUUGACUUCUAUCAUCCAUUUCUCACCGCAAUACGGAACCAGGACGGGUCUGGGACACUGGCGAUACUGUCGCAUUCGCAUAUCGGACACGACCCUGCUGCGCCAGCAAGCUGCACUCCAUCUAAUUAUGCGUUGCCAUUUCAGAUUCAAAAUUCCCUUCGAAUCUUUGAUGCUACGAGGAUCUUCUUUGGCGCCAAUACACGUAUUGUGAUUGCUGGGCAUAGCGUUGGUUCAUGGGUAGCCCUGCAGGUCUUGAAACUGCGAGCUGCUGCCGUUGCAGGAGUUUUCUUCCUUUUCCCGACUAUCACAGACAUUGCUUGUACACCGAAUGGUCGACUCUUGUCGCGAUUGUUUCGGCCUCCGUUUCCGUGCGUUGUAUCACAGGUUGCUCGGGUAUUGCAUAUUAUGCCACUCGCCAUCCUUUGCCGGUUAUUUCCACACUACCCGAUCUCCCAAGCCCGUGUCCUACAGUCAUUUCUACUAUCUCCUUCGUCGAUCUUUGCCGCGUUGACGAUGGCACACGAUGAAAUGCUGAGCAUCAGAGAAUUGGAUGUUGCCACCUUGGACACAUAUCGACACCAGAUUUGGUUUUACUUCGCAGAGAACGACGACUGGGUUGACCGAGGAAAAGAAACUAUUCUCCAUGUCUUUAGGGCAGACCCUGACACUGUGAAGGUCGUGCACGGGCACCGCGAUAUCCCGCAUGCGUUCUGCAUCAACCAUAGCGAAGAGCUAGCAGCGGAAUGCUACGAGUGGCUCGUUUCUGGGGGAUUCGUGUGACAUUAGAUACACUAACACUUUCGCCGACUAUAUAUUGCGCCGUUUCUCUCGCCGUUAUUAGCUCUCUUCUAUUUGUCUUUCGUUGAAUAAUAUGUAUUGAGCUACAGUUGCAGUACUACUAGCAGUCUUGUUACUAACCCGCGUUAUAAUUCAAUAAGUUAUGACUGGUGUGUACUAGUAUCUUUUCUGGU